GAGUGCUUGAAGUAUUACUAGCAUGUACCUUAACUUUGUUGUUGAAUAAAAACAAAACAAACAACAACUUACAUAUAUUAUAUUUUAUUUGAACGGUUUAAUUGUACUACUUGGUGUUCUUAAUCGAUGUCAAUUAAUGUUUCCUUGUGUAACUUAAUCAUUUUUCCGGUUUGUGUUUCCUCUGCUCUGUCCGCUGCUGAUUGAAGUGCUGAUUCAAAUUGAUCAACGAAAUUAUUAAAAUUUAAAGAAAUAUACACAAAAAUAAAUCUGAAUCUGAAUCAGAAUACCUUUGUGCAAUGAUAAGUGGAACAAAGUGAUAUUGUUUUGUUGGAUAGCAGUCACGGUUUUUUUGGAAUUUAGCCGAUAAACACGCAUCUAAAGAUUUUCAAAAUGGGUUCAUUAACCAGUUUUAAUGAACAAUUAUUUGUGACCGGUUCGUCAAUUAACAUCGACAAAUAUGUUGAAGAACACAAAACCAUUAUCAGCACCAAAUGCUGAUGAUGGAAACGAUAACAAAUUUACCAAAACUAGGUUACUACAUUCCAGAGGAAACCCCAUUUUGAGUUGGAUAAAACAUUCUUGCAAUAACAACGACGAUAACACACCAAACUUGAAACCAAAUAUUAUCUUAUCUACUGACCAAACUAAUAAUAAAAAAUCCACAAAUAAUAAUAAGGAGAACAAUUCGUCUCAACCGGAGUUGAGAGGUGUUCAGAAUUUAAGACAUCUCUGGAAUUCGAGAAUCACAAAAGCUGCCAAAGCUCUUAGUCCUGCCAAAAGCUACGGUUGCCUGUUGCAACAAGAGAAACCGCCUCCUGACAUUACACGUGCCUUAAGUGUUCAUAAUAUUAUAGAAAGUCUUGAACAUCCCAAUUCGGGCAGGUCGGCGAAAGAUAACUUUUAUAAAUAUAAAACUGCAGCCACAGUUGAGAUAAAUCGAUGCCAAAGCGCAAGUCCUGCUAACACACCAAUUUACGGUCUGUCGAGUCGUUGUUUAAGUUUCAAUAAUUGUAACAUAAAGUCUUCAAAUAUCAUAAAUAGUGAAGAAAAUAACCUAAGGAUGCGUCGAGACGAUACAAUGGUUGCAAAAAAUACAAAAUCUUCUCUCUUCCAACAGGAAGCUGACGGAAAUACAAAAAUGAAUACAAUAAAAGUGCCUCAUUUGGAAGAGGCCACACCUGCCACCCCUCUUCAAGUGCCUUCGUUGCAGGCUGUUAUCGACUGCGAUAACAAAAGCAGCGAGCACAAACAUUCCAUUAGUGGGACGCAAGACGCGGCAGAUUCGCUGCGUAGUUUGGAAACAAAAACGGCGUCGUCGACAACAACAGUGACAACAACGUCGGCGACGGCAUCGCGUAGAAAAAAUGUUAAUUCCACUCGCAAAUACAGUUUCAAAACUCAAGUGAAAAGCUACCAUUCUCCCCGCAAAAUGCCUAAUUACAAUGGCAGUAACUCCAGCAAUAAGGUUGCCAAACUAACCCAGCAAUUCAAUGAAAUCAUUCAAAAGGAUAAAAAAAUACUUGACGAAGUUAAGCGAAACAAUGGAAUUCUUAUUUCUCGCGGCGGUCACGUUUACAAAGUUAUUGACAAUUCAGAUACAAUGACUAUAGAACCUCCAUCGUUGUCAACAGUGUUGCCAAGUCUUGAUAAAGAAACAAUAUCUAGUCCAAUAAAAAAUGUUUCAUCAGUGCAGCGUGCUAUAGAAACUUUUGAAAGUAGAACAAGUGGAAAACCGAAAUUACCGUUAAGAAGUGCACAAGUUCUACGAAAGAAAACGGAACUGGUCACAAGAAAAGAAAUACAAAAUGAACUGAAAUCUUUGGUGUUGGGAAAAAUCCGGGAAGAUGACGAACAAAAGCCCCAACUGGGCGCUAAGUGUUUAGAGAACGACUUUAGUCUUAAAGUCAGUAAUGUAGUUAAUUUAUUAGAAGGUAAUGAUCAUAAAAACAAAACAAAGACUGAAAAAAUUUCAAAAACAAGAGAUUUUUCGCCGCCAUAUGAUAUAAGUGCAAAAGAAUCCAAGUUGGUGAGAAAAACGAGGGAUCCAAAAGAUAGCGAAAAAUUUAGCUUUCGAGGAUUUUUCUCCAAAACGUUUAGCAAUACGAAUGAUGCUAUUGAUUCGAUAGUGCUGCCGGAGCCUCUAAAAAGUUCCGAUGAAAAGAAUCCAAUAAUAUCAGAAGAUGCUGCUGAUAAUGAGUUUUUGCCCAUAGCACACGACCUCGAGGAGUGUCAUGUUGUUGAAGAAACUCCAAUUGAGAUUUCGAAAGUUCAACAAAUGUUUCCUGAAGUUCUAGCCGAAGAGAAGAUAUUGGAUGCAUUAGAAGAAGUCAAUCAUAAAAUUAUAUCACUUUCUUCAAAGCAGAUUACUGAACCUGAAUCGCCGCGGCUUGAUAAUUCAUUUUUCAAUGAAACAGAUGUCAACGCCAACGAGGGAGGAGUUAUUCUUAAUGAGGCUAUAAAUUCGAGUUUAGUGGAUACAAUGCAAGCAACCAAUGAAAGUGAGAAGGAUGUUGAAGAAGCGGAAAUUGUACUUAUUGAACAAAGUGAUAACAAAAUUCAAAACAAUAACAACGACGAGGACAUUUAUGAGCUCAUAGCUACAGAAACAAAAACUAUUGUAGAAUCUAAUUCCAGCUCUUCCUUAAUAAAACCCCAGAAAUCAUUUCUCUUUUCAAAAGUUGUUGUUCAAAAUGAAGGGAGAAAACAUAGUGUCGAGUCAAGUGAAAGCUACGAAUCUAUUAAUGGCUAUGAAAUAUGUGAGACUCCAAAAGAAACGCUUUCACCACCACCUCGACCGAGGAAAGGCUCAACGGAAUCACAGCGAAAUACCACAGACAAAUUGCCAGAGCUGCCAAAUCCAAAACGAAUUAUUCCAAAAAAAUUAUUCACUACUGUUGUCACAACAAAUGACAUAUCAUCGAGGACAAGUGAUUCGGGUAGCAUCAACGACGAUGAUAGCAUUUAUGAUACCAUCAAAAGUAGUCCUCAUUGUUACGAAUCACUUAAAUCUUCGAGAGACAAGGAAUACAAGUGCGCUGAUACAGUAUCGCUUGCGUCGAACGGCUAUGAAAGUAUUAACAACUAUCGAAGACGUUCAAUGCUGGGCAAUACCGAUUCUAGCUCGACUAUUUCAUCGGAACAUAAAACUAACAGCCUUUAUGAGGUAUCGAUGGUGAAUGGACUUCUUGCUCACAAUUAUUCACAUUCAUAUAUCGCAUCAAGUGAAAAUAGUGAUGACUGGGUGGAUAUAUCGGAUAGUGAAGUCAAUACGUAUGAUCUGGGAAAACAGCAGUUCAUCGUUGUGAAAGAGCGAACGAGGACCCAUAGAAGUCCUGACUGGUCAAAGCGUGUGAGAGAUAAAAGACUGAAUCAAACUGUUAGUGAUGAUGAUGACGUUGACCAUUUUUAUGAGCCUCUGUACCCUGUGGUUAAUCCAAACUAUUCAAAAGCAAAUGGUAGCACAAGGUCACCAGUAGUUGCUAAGAGCGAACUCAGCGAUGAUUACGAUUCUUUCGAAACCGAUGAUGAUAUCUAUGAGGAUAAUCAAUCAACGAAGAAGGAUGAUAGCGGAGUAGAUAUUUGCAAUGUCAAGCUUCCCGAUCCGCCUCAAACCAAGGGGCAAAUUUACAACAUAAUGAAAAAAUUCAAGAACCUUAUUAUCAAAAAGUCUCCAAACGAUCAAAAUAAGAAUUAUCCUGAUUCUGUGCAUACAAAAAUAUAUGAGAACACUCAAAACCUGAGUGAAGGUAAUGAGUACCAAACAACUCUUAAGCCCACAAGAAGAGCACCAGACAAACCUAAUAUCAAUAAGGACAGUAACUCUAAUGACGAUAACAUCUAUGAGAAUACAGACUUUCAAAAUAUAAAUUUAAUAACUAGUCAAUCCACCCCAGAAAACGGGUUAAAACAAAGUACCUCUGCAAGAAGUCUUAAUGCCACAAAUGAAAUUGUUACCCGAUCUAAGUCCAAUGCUGGAAGAAGUUUCAAGUCGAAAUGGAAAAGUCUUGCAGCGACAAGCUACGAUAGCAAACAAACAUCAACUAUGACAAUUGCAAGAAGCAUAUUCUAUGUGUCAGAGGCAAGCAGUGAGCAGGACUCUGGAAUAUUUGAAAAGGUGACACCUGGAGAUGCGAAUUCCGAAAAAACACAGGUGGAACAGACCGACCAUCAACCAGUUGUUGUUAUUCGCAAAAAUAAAAGGCAGACUAGUACAUCAAAUUCCUCUCGGAGACAGACUUCUAUUGGGCUAAGACCAAACGAUCCCCCACCACCUCCACCAAUAUCAGAAAACAGGCCUACAAAGCAGCGGCCUUCUACAACGUCGUGGUACACAGAAUGUGGGGUAUUCAAAAUUCAAAACGCCGCCAUAAGUGUUGAAGAUGCAAAUUACGACAAACAACCAAAUAACUUGAACAAAAGCACGUCAUGGUAUGCUGAAGCUGGUCUUUAUCAGACAAGUGGUGUCUCUGUGGCAAGCUCUAGUGGCAGCUCUGGAGUUUCUAUGGGAAAUGAGGGAGCAACUGGAGAAGAAAAUGGACACCAUAUGUUCUUAAACGAACCCUUGUACCAAAUUUACAGUGCUGAAAAAUUAGAGUCAAUAUCUCGGGAUAUGGAUGACCACGAAACUGAUGGCUAUGAAGAAGUCGGAGCCAAGGGAAGGAGUUCUAAAAUUGAAAAACCCAAACGAACAAGGCCUACAGCUCUGCAAUUGGUAGGUCCAAAGUCAGGGCCAUCAAGAACACUUUGGAGUGAAAUCCCAGAAGUUAUAUCUUCAGAGAUAUUAUUAACUUUAUCUCCUCGAGAACGAAGUCUUCAAGAAGCCAAAUUCGAAAUAAUAACCUCUGAAGCAAGUUACCUCAAAUCUCUUAAUCUUUUACGUAGUCAUUUUAUGAGUCAUCACACUUUCCAUGACACAACAAUUCUAAGUUCUCGAGAUCGGAAAGCUCUCUUCUCAUAUAUCACACCCGUUCAUGAAUGCUCUGAAAGACUACUUAGUGAACUGGAAGCCUGUUGGCAAGACAAUAUAAUGUUAUUGGGUCUGAGCAAAAGUAUUUAUGCAUGUGCCGAGAAAAAUUUUCAAGUUUAUGUGGCUUAUUGCGAGCAUCAGGGGAGAAUGGAUCGUUCGUUGCGAAGACUAAAAGAAGCUAAGGGAAUAUUUUGCCAGAAGUUAGAAGAACUGGAAUCAGAUUCAGUAUGCUGUGGCUUAACUCUGCACUCGUUCCUGAUGCUCCCGAUGCAGCGAAUAACUCGUUUACCAUUGCUCAUCGACGCAGUUUUCAGUAAAGUGCAACCAGAUGAUGAUGAAUACGAUAACUGGAAAUUGACUUUAGCCAUAUUAAACAAGAUAGUAGCGCAGUGUAACGAAGCAGCUAAUCGUUGUGAACAAGCGUAUGAAAUCGAACGAAUCUCAAAACAGUUAGAGUUUCCCUCUCAUAUAAGAGCUCUAGCAAUAGCACCAGCAGGAGUUGCUGCCACGGGUGCAAAACCACGUUUCUUGGUUAAAAAAGGUGAAUUGGUUCAGUUGAUUUGGCGAGGAGAUGAUGCCAAGCUGACAUUCGGAAAGAAGUUUAUAAAGUCCAAUAUUUACGCGUUUUUAUUUUCCGACCUUAUGGUCUUAACUAAACGAAAGGGAGAAGAAUUAUUCACAGUUUUCGAUUAUUGCCCGAGAAACAUGCUUACUAUUUCUUCAGGAGACUCAAUACCCCAAUUGCCAACCAAAGAUGCCAACCAGACGGGAAAAAAUUUAAUACUGAUGACUCUCCUUGAAAACAAUGAAAGGAAGACUGUUGAAUUGGUCCUAUCAUGUCCUUCUGUUUCGGAAAUGGAAAGAUGGCUUCAGGCAACAAGGCCACCAGAAGCAGAAAAUCCAGGAGAAAAGCUGUACGAACAAUGGGAUUGCCCGCAAGUUACUGCCACACAUGAAUUCAUGGCAACCGAACCAGAUCUUCUAACUUUAGAGGUUGGUGACGUAGUUAAUGUUUCAAGAAAACUUCCAGAUGGUUGGUUUUACGGUGAAAGAAUUAGAGAUGGUAUUACUGGCUGGUUUCCUGGCAGUUUUACCGAAGAAGUCAAUUCUGCUCAUGUUCGGGCUCGAAAUCUCAAACAGCGGUACCGUUUGCUUACCUUUACAGCGACUUAUUUAGAAAUGCAAAAGCGAAAAUAAUGCCAUUUAAUAUCAUGAUUUAAUCUUGUUUUAAGAAAAAAAGUUUAAAGUGUUAUAAUUUUCAUGUGAAUAGUUAUUUAGUGUGAAUAUCAUUUGUAAAUAAUAGCGUAAACAAAUUUGAAUUGCAAAACGAUUCAACACCAUGUGAUAAGAUGCAUUCUUCUAAGUUAAUUUUAAUUAUUAAAAUGUAUAAAAUAUAAAUUCCACUCGUAUAUGAAUGUGUACAAAAUUUUUGUUUCUCAAAUUGAAAUAAAUUUACGGAAAUAUAAUCUUA